CAGGUAUAAGCCGUUUAAAGCCGAACCGGCAGCAGGCAGGACGACCUCCGUCUGGACCACCGGGACACCGGACCACUGGGAUAACCCACACUUAAGAGCUACGACUGAAGAUAGACUAUAGAUAGAUAAACUAUUGAUAGAUAGAUAGAUAAAUUCAGUAAUUCAGUUAGCUUUAUUGAGACUAUGUCUGUCCCCCGACCACCAAAAUUCAUUAAAUUAACAAUUCAAAUAUAAACAAAAGACAUUGUAACCAUAAAAAUCUAAUUAAAAUUAAUACCACUAUUUUAACUGAGCGAAGAAACAGGAUAAUUAAAUGUGGUCUGUUAAAUAUUAGAUCUCUCUCGUCUAAAUCUCUGUUAGUAAAUGAUUUGAUAACUGAUAACCAGAUUGAUUUGUUCUGUUUGACUGAAACCUGGUUGCAGCAGGAAGAAUAUGUUGGUCUAAAUGAAUCAACUCCUACUAGUCAUACUAACUGUCAUGUUCCUAGAAUCACAGGCCGAGGAGGAGGAGUGGCAGCACUUUACCUCUCUAGCUUAAAAAUGAACCAGAGACCUAAACCUAGUUACAGUUCAUUUGAAAAUCUUACACUCAGUCUCUCUCAUCCAGAUUUGAAAGCUCAGAAACCAGUUUUAUUUGUUGUUGUAUAUCGUCCUCCUGCUCCUAACUCUGAGUUUUUAUCUCAAUUCUCAGACUUUUUAUCUGAUUUAGUGCUCAGAUAAAGUCAUUAUUGUGGAUGACUUUAACAUUCAUGUUGACGUGGACAGUGACAGCCUUACGACUGCUUUUAAUUCAAUAUUAGACUCAAUUGGGUUUUCUCAACAUGUAAAUAAACCAACUCAUAGUUUUAAUCACACCCUUGACCUCGUUCUGACUUAUGGCAUAUGUAGCUGUUGCACAGGAUUCUGUUUCUUAGUAAAGAUUUUGUGUUUUGCAGAGAAAACUUUUGUUUUGAAUGUAUGCGAAUUCUCUGGAAUAUUAUUGGCGCCUAGUGGUCAAAGUGUGUAUUGCGCUUGUGAUGGAGUCAGAUCUGUUCUGUUUGUUGGUAUUGCGCCCUAGUGGUUGUUUUGUGUACUUAUUCAUUUUUGUUACCUGAGGAAAAGAGGAAGUGAAGUCAUGCUCAUGAGGUCACUUCCUUCCUUCUCCUUCCUGCCUUUAAAAGCCAGUCAGUGGCAGUCACACCUGUUUUGCAUCUGUUACCAUCCACACCUUCACAGUUUGAAAACGGCAUCAUUUUUUCACACUUACCCUGAUUAAACUACCCAACUCAACACAUGGCCUGUUCCUUGGAGUUUGAUGAGGAGAGUGUUUAGCUGGCUGUAUAGCUAAGUAAACGUUCAUGGGGACAACACUUGGCGAGGACAGAACAGCGCUUAGUGAACAGCAUGCGGUGUUCACAUGAUCACCUAGAAAAAACUGAGAGUUGGAAGGAGCUACUGGUAUAGCAAGACACGGUAAAGAGGAUGCUUCGCUCCAGUGGUGGUUCUCCAGGAUGGACUCCAGACUCAGCCUGGAGCAGCAGCAUCUCUGAAGGCCGAAGACUCAGCACGGUGUCGGACAGCGGGGACACCGGCAUCGGAACCUACUGCUCCGACAGCGUGGAAGAUGACUCCAGCUGCAGCACCACUCCUCUGUCCUUCCUGCCACUGUCUCAGCUUCACCUGGAUGAUGACGGCAUCCCUGUCCUCUCCGUCCUGCCGUCCCCGUCCUCCUCUCCUGGAGCCCGGCUCAGAGUGCCACCGUCCCCCCAAGGGUCGGGUCACUGGGUCCGGACCUGCCGGGACAUGAAGGACAAGCAGCCGAUCCGGAGGUGGUCGUCCCUCACCAAGCUGUCCUCUGACAGGAGGAUGUCUGGACUCCAGUCUGGCCCGAAGGGACAGGGUUCUCUGGACCGAGGCCUGCUGUCUGGCUACAGGAAGGGGUCCAACGUAGACCUCUCCCUGCCCCUGUCCUCCUCCUUCAUCAGCAGCAGCCUCCUGCAGUGCUCACCCGGAGCCGGACCCGGGUACCGGUACGACCGCAGCGCCCCGGGUCUGGACUCGGACCCAGACCAGUACCAGUCCGACCGCAGCACCCCGGGUCUGGAGCCGGACUGGUCCCUGUCCUCCCCAGUCCGAUACCACGGCGCUCUGCCAGAGGCUCAGGUGUGUCGGGGCCGUGGACAGGUGACUGGACAGGUGAACAGCGGACAGGUGAGCGGCCUCGACGUCCCGCUGUACCCUUCGGACCGAAGCUCCCCAAUCCAGUCGGCGGUCCGAACACAGAUGUGGCUCACCGAGCAGAUGGAGUACCGACCCGGACUGGAGCUCGGUACCAAGGUCUUCGGUGACGGGCUGUCACCAUGGCAACCAGGACUCCAGCCAGAGCCAGGACUGAACCAGGUGCUGAAGAGCAGCUGUCUACCUGUGAACACUCUGGUGAAGGUGAAAGAAGGUCUUCUGAGGCAGAGAGAGCUGGAGAUCGAUCGACAGAAGCAGCAGAUUCUGCAGCUUCACGCUCGGAUCAGAGAGAACGAGCUCCGAGCUCAGCAGGUUCUCCAGAGUCAGAGAGGCUGGUUGGAUGAUCUCCAGGUCACCCCGAGUCACAGCUCCUCAUCACCAACCUGCACGACCAAACCGGACCAGAUUGUGUCACUUCUUCAGGAUCCCAGAAUGUCCUGCAAACAGCAGCAGAGCAACAGAAUCUGCUGCGAUGAAGACCUGCGAGGAAAACUGGCCGUAGCAGAACUGGAGGUUCUGCAUCUGAACGAGUUCUUCAAGCAGGUCACCCAGAAAUACAGUGAAGAUAUCCGCAAGCUGGAGGAGAAGGUGAAGACGAGGGAUCGCUACAUCAGCAGUCUGAAGAAACGAUGUCAGAGAGAAACGGAUCAGAACCAAGAAAAACAGCAACGAAUAGAAACACUGGAAAAAUACCUGUCAGACCUGCCGACCCUGGAGGAGGUUCAGGUGCAGCAGCAGCAGCAGCAGCAGGUGCAGCAGAGGGUGGAGGACCUUCAGAAGGCGAUGGUUCUUCUGCAGAGGAGUCUGGAUGAAGGUUCUCGUCUGAUGGAGCAGAAGGAGCUGAAGAUGGAGCAGCAGAACCAGAGGGAGAAGGAGCUGAUGUCCUCAGUGCACAGUCUGCAGCAGAAGGUCCAGCAAUGUCUUGAUGAUGGAGUUCGACUUCCUGUUCAGGACUUGAAGAGACUUGAAGUGGAGAACAGUCAACUACUGCAGCUACAGGAUCACAGCAGCAGGCUGUUUAAUCAUCAGAGAGAACAGAUUGACAGACUGACGUCUCAGCUGACGGCGACCAGUAGCCGCCUGCAGAAGCACAGAGGAGUUUCUGAUGGACAGGAGGCCAAGCUGCCCCUCCCACCCAGAGCCUUCACACAGGAGCAGCAUCCAACAGAUGGAGGGUCCUUGGUGCGUCCGUUGUCCCAGGUGAAGAUGCCAGAGCUGGGCCACCUGCUGAAGGAGAUGUCCUUGUGUCUUCUGGACCUCCAGGGUCUCUGCAGUAUUCUGGCUCAAAGAGCUCAGGGCAAGGAACCCAACCUGACGCUGCUGCUGGACAUGAAGUCUCUGAGCGUCUCAGCAGACGACAGCGACUGUGAGGUGGAGGUGGUGGAGGAAGAGCUCAGGUUCAAGCUGCUGGAGGUCGGACAGCUGAGGAGAGACAUCGACGAGCUCAGGAGAAGCAUCUCCGACCGCUACGCCCAGUUCAUGGGAGACAGCUGUGUGUCCCAGUGACACCUCUGAGUCCUGAUGGAGGCUGGUGGAGGCUGGUGGAGGCUGAAGGAGGCUGGUGGAGGCUAAUGGAGGCUGGAGGAGGCUGAAGGAGGCUGGUGGAGGCUGAAGGAGGCUGGUGGAGGCUGAAGGAGGCUGGUGGAGGCUGGUGGAGGCUGAUGGAGGCUGAAGGGGGCUGGUGGAGGCUGAAGGAGGCUGGUGGAGGCUGGUGGACGCUGCUGUGUGUCUGUCAGAGUGUAUUUUCUGUACUGAUGCUGCAGAUGUUUCCAGCAGACCUUCAGUGAUCCACUGGACAGAAACAAUAACUUCACUUCUGAACUCUGAACCAUCUGAACUCGAACCGUCUGAACCCUAAAACCUGCCGGCAGAUUUGGAAAACGUCUUGUUUUUAAAAGAACAAACUGUGGAAACAGAAAGAAUCAUCAGAUGUUUGACUUCCUCCUCCUGAAACUAACCACAAGUAAAACCCAGAUUUCAUCACUUUAUUCUACACGUUUCAUUUAAAACUUUGCUAAAAAUAAACUUUGUAGUGACCAGAUUCUGUAAAGAAAUAAGUGUUUUGAGUUCCUCUUCAAAAACAAGAAGCCAUGACUGAGCUGCAGGCAGUGUUUCUCCAGAGCAGAGGAUGAAAACAUAAAUAAAUAGCAGCUGCAUGCAGAGCCACACCUGUACAUAGACACCAUGAGUCCAGGCUGGUUUCUUUUUGGAAAAUAAAUAAUCAAAGAUGUUA